GCGGGGGCCCGGGCGGGGAGGGCGGGGCCAGGAAGCGGCGAGUGCGCCGGGGAGCGCAGCUGCGGGCGUGGGGGUGGCGGCAGCCGCGGAGCCGGCGCCGAGAGCGGCUGCGGCCGGAGCGGGCGGGCGGCCGAGACAAAGACGACGAUAGGUCCUGUUGUGAGUUUGGAUUUUUGAGUGAAACCUCAACCCAAGUGAGAAGAAACCUUCAAGGAACAACUACUGACAGUGAGUCUGCAGUCAUCUCUAUGCAUAACAUGGAAUGCUUCCGGCCCAGAGACAGCUUCGUGGGUGACUGUUGACAAGGAGUGACUACCUGAGCCAAGACAACAUUUAUACCUUCCUGGUGGUUCAGAAACGAGUCUCCGUAGAACCACAAGCAAAGAAAGGAAACAUUCUGUCUUUUUCUUAAUUUGACUACAUAAGAUUCUUGACUGCCAAGAACAAAAACUCAGAGAAGUAUUAAGAUUAUUAUUUGGACAUCAUCAUACUGAGGAGUUUGCUUUGUGAAGCUUCCCGAGUAGAGAUUUGGAAACUUCCUUGGUGCUCAUUUAUACUUUGGACUAUAAGCAUGAGUGAAUUCUGGUUGUGUUUCAACUGCUGUAUUGCAGAACAGCCUCAACCUAAAAGGCGUCGUCGGAUUGACCGAAGUAUGAUUGGAGAACCAACAAACUUCGUACACACAGCUCACGUAGGAUCAGGGGACCUGUUCAGCGGAAUGAAUUCAGUUAGCUCCAUUCAGAACCAGAUGCAGUCCAAGGGCGGCUACGGGGGCGGCGUGUCCGCGGGGGUGCAGAUGCAGCUGGUGGACACGAAGGCAGGAUAGCCCGCCCGCCGCCGAUGGCGUCUUGUCCGUCCUGUCGUGGCCCUCCAGUGAGACGCACUGUUCCGCCGAAGAAGCGAUUGCCGGGUGAAUCCUGCAUUUCCUUCCGCUGGCCGCAUGCCUUUGACUCCUGGACAGAGUUUCUUAGAUUGUGGCUUAAACUUCAUUUUUUAUCAACAUGGAUCUGACCGUAGCAUGAUCUUUUCUGUGAAUGCUAGCGCUGUUUUGCAUUUUUUCCCAUUUUAACAUUUCUUUUUUCGCCUGCCUUAUGAUUUUACUAGUAAGUAAGGACCUGCUACUAUUUGUUAACGUGUCACCAUUUAUGUAUAUUUCGGAAGGUCUGAGACCCACAAGCACAAUGAUCAUUGUUAGUCACUUGAAACGUGCGCAGAAUGAUGUCUGCAGCCCGAGGAAGCCGCUGUGUGCGGAGCCGGGCUGGCGAUGCUGCUGUUAGCCAGCGUGGUGCCCGCCACACACACCGCGGCCACCGGUGGGAACUGCGGCUCAUUCGAAACACGGCCUCGUCUGCUUAGUGAGGAUUCUAGUACAAGGCACGUUUGCGUUCGUAAGGCCUUCAUGCUGCUGUGAAUGUUCGCUAUUUAUUUGGGAGCGAGGCCCCGGAGGGCGCAGAAUGGCUGCGCGUCCCGGCUGGGGUGACGCCUCCGUGGGCUGAGCACAGCCCCUCGCUUCUCCGCUCGCUCUGCGGUCCUCGUGCCCAACAGGGUGUGCUGAACGCCUGGCCUCUCCUGGGAGUUGCCACUGAAAACAACCUGUCUGGUGACUUGACGGAAUUGGUGAGAAAACCUUAGCUUUGGUUGCGGAAUAUGCUUAUUAUUCCACAAACCUGCAAAUGCUUCUUGUUCCCGCCAGGACAUAGCAUUUAGCCAGUUGGUGGCUGUGUCUGUUAACAUGUAAAUCCCGUGUCUGGUUCAGCUCUACCUUCAUGUGGUCAGAUUAACAUUUCACACGGCGAAUGGGGGUUCAUUGAAAACGUAGCCCUAAGGAAUUAGGUAAUAUUGAAAGUGAUCAUCUUCUGUCUUUUUUUAAUUUCCUUACCCUUAGCCCAACUCCUUGUGAAAUGUAACAGAAUAAACAUUAGGUUUGUGAGGCAAAACGUGAAAGCACCCCCGCCACUCUCCCCCCACAGGGGGCGCCAGAUACUCAGUCCUGUGCUCUGUGGCUUUCCGCCCGCAGUGCAGUCUCCAGCAGGGAGGAUCUGUCAAGGAAAAACAUUCAUGCUUAGUAACAAAAUACGUAUUUUGCAGUUUAACAACUUCUUAACUAUAGUUCAUCCGGUCUCACUGAUUCACAGUUGGCACUGCAUUCUGCAAAACGCCAGAGCCUGUGUGCUGCCAGCGGCACGGCUGUGCCGCUUUUUAAGACGGACUGGACUUCCCUGACAUUGCCCCACUGGUGCCAUUUGGUCUACUUCUACCUGGACUUUAGAGAUUUUUAGUACAAUUUUUAUACUUGUCCUAGAAUGCCUGGGACACAGUACAGGGAGCCAGGGUCCCUCUGCCCUGACUCAUGAUUUGCUUUGCUUUUCCAAUCGCUAUUUUUUUCUGCUUCUCCAAGGACCAAAAUACUCCAUGUGCCUGGGGUGUCUGCACGGUGGCCGCAGGCUGCACUGUGCUGGCCACACUGUGUGCAAGGGCACCAGCUAAGGAAGGUGCCAGUGAAUCAAGGAGAAAAUUACCAAAAAUUCUAAGCUAGGAACCUUGAGCACGUCUUUUAGGAAGAUUUGAGAGAGGGGGAAGCAGCCAGCAUCCCCACAUUCAUGGGUUGUAAGUUUUGGAGGUCAUUUGGUCCCCAUAGCAACGUAUCUCAUUUUGAAAUUGAAGCUAAUUAAAUAGGAUAGACUGUUAGUACUUUGUUGAAAUACAUGCUAAUAACUGUUAAGCAAGGGAAAAUGAAUGAAGGUUUAACGACAUGGAUUCUGUUAUCAGUGACCUGCAUUCUGCAAAUCGGGUGCUUCCUCGUGAUCUAGGCCCGAGCCGUGCCAAUGAGCGCAGAGCGGACUGUUCGCUCUGGAGUCAGAUUCAGCAUUCCAGUGCAGCAGCAUCCUGGCCUUCAGAGAUACUGAGCGUAUUCCAGCUCUCAUUGUUAUUGAAUUAUAGCAGUUUCAUUAUAGAGAACAAGUUGAGAACAAGUUUGCCUUGAUUUUGUUUAAAAUGACUCUGCUCAGCACCCAAAAGAUAAAAUUGACAUAUUUUUAUAAUAUCAGCACUCUUUUUCUUGUACAUUGUGUUCAUUCUUGAAUAAAGUGAGUUCGGUGUCGGCUUGUAGAUAUUAAAAAGAAAGUAUUGAUUCAAUAAAUGUUUUCUUUCAAACCUG